UCUGUCAGUCUGUGAUUAAUGACGAACAUUUUGGGAAGCGAAGCUCUUUAAAAUAUUCCAUCGUUUCUCAAAAUUUUUUUUCAUAUUUAGUUUUACCAAAGAAAAAAUGGAUUGUUUAUUAAAUAUUUGUCGGGUUUGUUUGACGGAACAGGGAGAGUUUCAGUCUGUUUUCAUUUCAGAUGAAUCCUCAGGUCUCAAUAUUCAUCUGGCUGAAAUGUUAAUGGCUUGUGCAUCAAUACAGGUGACAUUUGGAGAUGGUCUUCCAGAACAAAUAUGCAAAAUAUGUGCAGACAAAACUGUUAGUCUGUUUUUAUUCAAGAUAAAAUGCGAAGACAGUGAUUCUAAGUUAAGAAAUCAACUGGGAAAAUCACCUUUAAAAGAGGAUUAUAUCUCUAUUCCAUUUGAUAGUGUUUCUGAUUCUAAUAUAAUUUUAGAAUCUCCACAGUCUUCUUUACACGAUAUUAUUGUUGAUGAUACUGAUCACAAAGAUGAUCUUGUUGAUACAUUUCAAUCGUUUGGUAAUGAAUCUGAAGAGAUGAACAUCAAUCAGGAAACUAAUGAAAACAACAGAGUGGAAUUUUAUAAAUGCAAAUUAUGUCCUAAAGUUUAUAACAGAUACUCUAAUCUAAUUAGGCAUGUAAAAUUUCACACAAAUGAUCAGUUGUUCAAAUGUGAAAUAUGUGAUAAGAAAUUUACCAGAGAGGAUUUGUUGGAAAGGCAUAAAAUAGCCCAUGCAAAGAAAAACAACCAAGAACUAGACCGGCAUAUUUCAUCUAAUUCAAAAGACUGCACAACCAAAGAACCAACGUUAGAUAUACAAGAUAUAAACAACAGUGAAGUUAAAGAAAACAAUCAGAAGGAAGAAUCUGUAGAAAAUGACAAAAGGGACGAGUUAGAAGUUGAAGGUGAAGACUGUACUUGUAGAAUCUGUAAAAAGAAAUUCGUGAAGAUGUCUCGAUUGAAGAGACAUAUGAAAACACAUGCGGCAGUGAAACCGUUCAAGUGUCAGAUUUGUUUCAAAGGAUUUACUAGACAAGAAUUGUACAGGAACCAUAUGAAUACACAUACUGGAAACAAACCUCAUGUCUGCAAUAUUUGCAAAAAAGGUUUCAACCAAAUUUCCAAUUUGAAAGAUCAUAUGAGAACGCAUAAUGGAGAGAAACCUUUUCUCUGUUCAACAUGUGGAAAAGGCUUCAAUCAGCUGGGAAAUCUGAGGCAACACACCGUCAGGCAUAGUGGAAUUAAAGCACAUAUUUGUAGCAUGUGUGGUAACGGAUUUGCUAGUAAGGGGGAACUUGCUGCUCAUCUUCGAAAGCAUACCGGUGCGAGACCUUUUGUGUGUCCUAUUUGCCAAAGCGGCUUCACAACUUCCAGUUCUUUAACAAAACAUAAAAGGAUACAUUCAGGCGAGAAACCAUACGAAUGCGAUGUUUGCCAAAUGAAAUUUUCCAGGAACGGAAUACUUUCAAGACAUAAAAGAAUACAUACAGGGGAAAAACCGUAUGUUUGUACUUAUUGCAACAAAGCUUUCACUCAAUCGAAUGACCUCAAUUCACAUCUCAGAAUUCACACUGGUGAAAAACCUUUUAUCUGUGACCAAUGUGGUCAGGCUUUCAGACAGUCAUCUGCUCUGAAAACCCACAAGAGGGUUCACGUUAAAUUCAAAUCGUUUCCGAAUUCCGAUGGAGAAGGAAAAACUGCUGAACCUACGGAAGAAGAGAAUGCUUUCCUUGAAACGAGGUUUGAUUUUGAGAGCAACACAUGGACCUAUAUGAAAAAAAUUGAGCUGGAUGUUUAAUAAAUAAGGAACCUUAAGGAUGAUGGUUUUAGUAAAGCCUGAGGUUGAAGCAAAAUGUUAAGACAGAUUGAGAGCACAAUAUAGAUGACAUAUUCAUCAUAUUAAAAUAUGAUCUCAGGGAAAAUUAUGUUGAAGAGAUAUUUUAAUGAGUGAAUUCUAAAAAACUGUGGAAUUCUUGAUAUUAUAGUGAAUUGAAAUUGUUCAUUUGGUGAUGUAUUUAUGUUUUAAAAACUGUGAUGUAAUUUUUGUGGAGAAUGCACAAUAUUAAAGUCUUUUUAUAG